GCACAGGUUUCAAAUCAACCAAGUGCUACACACAUCCAGGUUUCUACAAAACUGCCCUGCAGCCCUCCAUCCAGCAUGCUAUGGCCCGGUCACACCCACAUCCAGACCUGUGUUGGUCCAGGUCUUGUUCCAAAGCCACCCAACGGCCCACGUGAAGGACAAAUCCAGAAAACGGCAACUAAGCGUCUAAUCAAGUAAGUCCAGUCUUGCAGGUGAAUCAUUUAUUUCCACAGUUGUGUGAAUCAAGCCGUGACUGUAAAGAAAAGCCCCUGUGUAAUUUAUAACGCAUUAAAUGCAGUGGAGUGGCUUUCAUUGGCCCCAGAUUGUGGAAGGAGACAGGGUUCAUGAGAUCCAUGAGUUCAAGAGGACACAGCUAAUGCUAAUGAGAGUUUGAAUAUGUGUGUAGUGGACUGCUCCCAGUCUUUUGGCUGCGGGUUGUAUCUGCCUGUUCAGUAAACAACCUCAUCAUAGGCCUGAUUUCUGCCUGAACUGUAAACAGAGCGUGGUUCAGUGGAAGGGCCUGGACUCCGGGCUCCAUUUAAAUCCUGUUUGGUUUGGAGAUAAGGUGAAGAGUACAGAAGGGGAAAAAAAAAGGGGAACGCGGUGAAACUGGGCUCAACUACCAGCUAUUUCCCUCACUUAUUUUAUGACCGUAAUACUUGCAACAUCUGUCCAAAUUACACAACAACGGCGAGCCUUCGGGAUCAAGCCCUAAUGUUUAAAGCGCGAUGUUAUAGUCGGCGAAGGGCUUUUAAGAUUUGUUAAAAAAUGUAUAUUUUUAUUUUAAUAAAUUGUCCAAAAACUCUGGCAGUGCAUUUUCUUUGUGACUUCAUUCAUUCACUGCACUUUCUGCAGGUCUGAUGACACUGCACUGCUCUGCUGACUUGUUGCAUUCACCAAACAAUACAGUCCUGGGCAGCAAAGAGUUAAGAAGGCAGAAGUGAGACGUAUGAGUUAUAUAGGAUAGUGAGCCGAUAGGUGUCAUGUUUGCUCGCGCGCGUGUGUGUGUGUGUGUGUGUGUGUGUGUGUGUGUGUGUGUGUGUGUGU